CGGCUGUGUUGCAGGGCGCUGUGGAGCCCAUGCAGAUCGACGUGGACCCGCAGGAAGACCCCCAGAAUGCACCCGAUGUCAACUACGUGGUGGAGAACCCCACCCUGGACCUGGAGCAGUACGCAGCCAGCUACAGCGGGCUGAUGCGCGUCGAGCGCCUGCAGUUCAUCGCUGAGCACUGUCCUGCACUGCGGGUAGAGGCCCUCAAGAUGGCCCUCUCCUUCGUGCAGAGGACCUUCAACGUGGACAUGUACGAGGAGGUCCAUCGGAAGCUGUCUGAAGCCACCAGGGAGCUUCAGAAUGCCCCGGAUGCCAUCCCUGAGAGCGGCGUGGAGCCUCCGCCGCUGGACACGGCCUGGGUGGAGGCCACCCGGAAGAAGGCCCUGCUGAAGCUGGAGAAGUUGGACACAGACCUGAAGAACUACAAGGGAAACUCCAUCAAGGAGAGCAUCAGGCGGGGCCACGAUGACCUGGGUGACCACUACCUGGACUGCGGGGACCUCAGCAAUGCCCUCAAGUGCUACUCCCGAGCACGGGACUACUGCACCAGCGCCAAGCACGUCAUCAACAUGUGCCUGAACGUCAUCAAGGUCAGUGUCUACUUGCAAAAUUGGUCUCACGUGUUGAGCUAUGUCAGCAAGGCUGAGUCUACUCCAGAGAUUGCUGAGCAGCGUGGAGAACGGGACAGCCAGACCCAAGCCAUCCUCACCAAGCUCAAGUGUGCUGCAGGCUUGGCAGAGCUGGCUGCACGCAAGUAUAAGCAGGCUGCCAAGUGCUUCCUGCUGGCCUCCUUUGACCACUGCGACUUCCCUGAGCUGCUGUCUCCCAGUAACGUAGCCGUCUACGGCGGUCUGUGCGCCUUGGCCACCUUUGACCGGCAGGAGCUGCAGCGCAACGUCAUCUCCAGCAGCUCCUUCAAGUUGUUCCUGGAGCUGGAGCCGCAGGUCCGAGACAUCAUCUUCAAGUUCUACGAGUCUAAGUACGCCUCCUGCCUCAAGAUGCUGGACGAGAUGAAGGAUAACCUGCUCCUGGACAUGUACCUGGCCCCUCACGUCAGGACGCUGUACACUCAGAUCCGCAACCGGGCGCUCAUCCAGUAUUUCAGCCCCUAUGUGUCAGCUGACAUGCACAGGAUGGCCGUAGCCUUCAAUACAACCGUCGCAGCCCUGGAGGACGAGCUGACACAGCUCAUUCUGGAGGGGCUCAUCAACGCCCGCAUUGACUCUCACAGCAAGAUUCUGUAUGCCCGGGAUGUGGAUCAGCGCAGCACCACCUUCGAGAAGUCCCUCCUGAUGGGCAAGGAGUUCCAGAGGCGCGCCAAGGCCAUGAUCCUGAGGGCUGCGGUCCUGCGCAACCAGAUCCACGUCAAGUCCCCUCCCAGGGAAGGGAGUCAAGGCGAGCUGACUCCAGCCAACAGCCAGUCUCGGAUGAGCACCAACAUGUGAUGGACUCCGGGACGGCCGGGCCCGCCAGCGCAGCCCUCUAACGCCCGCCUGCUCAGUCCAGAGGGAAGGCGCGGUGUUG